UUCAAAUGAAUGGCGUGGAGGUUGAGAUAGGCUCAGGCAGUAUCACGUUGAAUUGGGUAGGCCUACCAUGUGGAACUCCUGCAAACCAAACUCAAACGACGACGAGUCCAAUCAUACAGUUUACCUGCUCACCUUCGAUUUCUGGGCGUUACCUUCUUGUAUGGUUUCCUGCAAAAUCUGAACAGUUAACUGUUUGUGAAGUUCGAAUCUACGACGAAGAAGAAUUGGGAAUAAGUGAAUGUAGUGAUCCGCCAAUCAGAACUAGUUACUAUGGAUUUGUAGGAAAUACAAUUGAAGGUAUUCAGUGUCAGGGGUGGGGAGAAGAUAAUAAUCCGCAUACUGACUUAAUCACAGUGCCCUCGUCCUACCAUAUACACAACCUAUGCCGCAAUCCGGACUACGACCCAAAUGGUCCAUGGUGUUACACAGUUGAUCCGAACGUUCGUUACUCAUAUUGCGACGUUCCUACUCUUGAGGAACCGUGCCCGCUAGAACCAUUUACAGGCGAUUUGAACCCGAUAGGGUGGUGGAUAGUGGAUACGUUAUGUCUUCUAUCGGCAAAUCACGAUUACGAUGUGGCACGGGUAAUGAAUUUGGUCAUCAACAACAACAAUACGCGGUGUUUUGUAGAAAUUAAACCCUCCGUAAGACUCGUGAUGACAACGGACUAUGCACAUUUUGGAAAUGAAGUCACAGAACUAACCAUCGCGCUUAUGAUUUACGCCUACCGUAACUCAUCUGGAAACAUUUUAAGUUUUGGAAACAAUAACGAACUUCUAUCUAUGAAUCAGAUUCAUUCUAGUGGCCAGAUGUACCAUUCGGAGGUUACUAUCUGCUAUGGGAACACCCAGCUGUCUAGAGCACAUGUCUUGUUACCGGAAUUAUGGACAUUUCUUGCGCUGACAUUCGAUGGAGCUAAUAGAAACGUAAAACUUUGGUGUGACGGAGAGGUUGCAAGCAUUGCUUAUGUACCAUUACCUCAUUUAAACAUAAUUUCGGAAGAUGUUGUCUUAGAGGUUGGAAGUAAUGCCGGAAGUUUCCAAGCGAAACUAGCCUUGUUGCAAGUAUAUAAUCGUAUAUUGAACGAAGCAGAAAUGAAGGCAGUAAGAGACACGAACAUAGAAAUCGCAAAGAAUACGAGACAAGGAAUGUUCACGAGAAUCAUGUCGUCAUUACGCUCCCAUACUACAAACAUUAUGGAACGCUGGAUUCACACGGUGUCAAUUUGCUCUCAAAUGUGUAUCAGUGAACCACUUUGCCGAGCAUUUGGUUUUGAUAAAGGAACUCGUCUUUGUCAGCUCCUUCCUGAAUUUGAAGUUGUUGACGAAACAAGCAACAAAAUAUACUACACGAAGAAGAUAGAAGUUGCUGUAUGUGGUGAGUGUGAGACCAAUAUUGAAACCUAAUAUUCAUGUCCGGGGCGGAUGCAGGAUUUGGCGGUAGGAGGUACGUGAUAAUCCACACCACAUUAGCCCCAUCAUGGUUUGGGGUGAGGCGAGAACAUUUUGAGAAUAUUGACCUCAAGGUGCCCGGAAAUAUCACUCUCAUCCUUUUAAAAAUCUUACCGGAACUAUAUUUUUAGUGAUAAAAAUAAUAUAUCAACAAUAUAAUAUAGCAAUUCGUUUUCUUAUUACAAUUGAUGGGGUGCAAUCGCACCGUCUGAUAUUCGAGAGAAUUAUCUAAAAAACUAUUUCAAUUACGUAAGAUGUAUUAUUAUUAUCAACAUUCUUUACCGAUAUAUUUAUCUAUAUUGAUGUAGGCCUUAUAUAACUGGCAUAUCAUAAUACAUGUUAUGUGACAGGCGCUGGCAAACUUACUUGUUGGAAUUUUUAACUUCGCGCUAGUUAGUAACACAGAAAAUGUCCGAAAAACGACCAGCUAAUUUCAGGUUGUACAAUUUAUGAAAGAUGAUAAUUAUUUAUUGUGAAAACAUCCAACAAAAAGUAUGUCAAUUAUUUGCUAAGAUGUACCGUAUCAAUAUUGAUAGCAGAAGUUAAUAUCGUUUUGUUUUUAAACGUAGGCCUAUACUGUAGU